GCAUCUCAAUGACGUGCUUCAGAAACACGCAAUAAUCAGCGAUGCGAACAAGGACACUGUAGUGGAGACGUUGAGGUCUAUAGCGGAGCUGAUGAUAUGGGGGGACCAGCACGAGCCUGCAUUUUUUGAGUUCUUUGUGGAGCAGGGCGUGUUCGCGCAGUUCAUCCGCAUCAUGGCGCUGGCCAAUCAGCCGUCGCCUCAGUGCGAGGGGGUCAUGGUGCAGCUGCUGCAGACGCUCAACCUCAUGAUUCAGAACCUCAAGAGCGAGAAAGCCAUCUACUACAUGUUCAGCAAGGAGCACAUCAACAACGUCAUCUCCUUCCCCUUUGAUUUUUCUGAUGAGGAGCUGCUCGCAUACUACAUCUCCUUCCUCAAGACGCUGAGCAUGAAGCUGGACAAGUCUACCAUCUCCUACUUCAUCGUGGAAAAGGAGGAUGGCAGCAGCGCCUUCCCCCUGUAUGUGGAGGCAAUCCGCUUCUUCCAUCAUGAGGAGAGCAUGGUCCGCAUCGCCGUGCGCACUCUCACCCUCACCAUCUACAAUGUGCAUGACGAGCGGGCCAACCGCUUUGUGCUGAGCCCAUCAGCCAUCCGGUACUUUGAGGACCUCGCCAUUUUCGUGCGCCAGCAGAGCUUCACUCUUGCUCGCCUCGUUGCCAACGCUGUCAGGAACUUUGGGUCGAUAGUGGACGUGGGGCGAGUGGAGGCGUCCAUAGCGGAGAUAGGCGAUCUGCUGUACUACUGCAACGACGUCAUGAGCGCCGGCAUCCCCCAGCUCUCCGAGGUGGUCUCAGAGCACCUCCUCAGCAUCUGGGUCUUCCCUGUUCUUCUCGCCUCGCUCUCCCCCGAAUCCGGCUCCCCCAAUGCAAAGCGCAUAUCACCGCUGUGCGCCAUGUAUCUGCUGUCGCGUGUGCUGCACGUGGUGACCUACCGCCCCUUCCUCGACACCGCCACCCGCUCCAUCGCCGCCUCCCUCUCCGCCAGCCCUGCUGGCUCCGACGGGGUGCUGCCGCAGCUGUAUGAAUUCCAACAGCAACAGGGGAAACCGCAGGAGAAGCAGCAGGAGAAACUGCAGGAGAAAAGGCAGGAGAAGCAGCAGGUGAGGAGGAGCAGAAGUGCAUCUGCGGAUUUUGGGGUUCAGGAUAGCGAGUUUGGUGUAGGGAAAGGGAGGGAAGGAGCUUCUGGUGGUGCUGGUAGUGCGGCAGCAGCAUUGGUAGGAGCAGUGGCUGCAGUGGCAGGAUCAGCAACAGCAGGUCACAGGUUGUCUGAUAACCAUCACCUCUCUGCAAGACCUCCAGUCCCCCCUCCUGUUCACCUUACAACCCCUGCUUCUGUUUCUGCUGCUCAAGGCAUAGUCUCCCCACCUUCUGCAACUGCAGCAGCAGCAGAGGGGAGGGAUGGAGGGGCGAGUGCAGGAGGAGUGGCAGAAAGGGGAGAAUCCUCAGCAUCCGAGGGUAAGAAGGCCAAGUGGCCGUUGUCAGCACGACGUGGCAUUGCGGACUCGCCUGGGGGUUCCUUCUCAGAGAGACUGGACGGACGGGAGGGCAGAGAUGGGGACAGUGAGGAAGCAGGGGAGAGAGGAGGGGAGAGAACAGGGGAAGGCAGGGAAGAUGUAGCUGCAGCAGAUGCGCCGAACGGGUAUGUUGCUGGAAGGGAGGAGGCAGAAAGCAAGCAAGGGGAAGAUAAGAAUCGUGGGGAUGAUGGGAAUCGCAGUGGUGGUAGGAGUGGUGUUGUGCGGUCAGCAUCGGCACGAGACAGGCCGGCUCUGUCGGCUCGAAGGCACCUCAGGACCCAGAGCAGUGGCAGCAGCUUUACUGACUCGCCCCAGCGCAUCAAAAGCUCUGACUCCCCUCCUCAGCACAUCAAGAGGUCCGAUUCUCCGCAGCUGAAUGAGAGUUCGGAUGCGGUUCAGGGGAGCUUCAGCUCGCCCCUCAGGAGCUCGCCCCUCAGGAGCUCGCCUCUCAGGAGCUCCCCGUACAGGAAGCAGCGCCAUGCCUCUGACACCAUCAUCCUGGACCUUGAUCCCACCGCCAGCGCCUGGUAUGUUAUGUUCCCCUUCCGCCUCUGCUCCCCUACCAUCGCCUCUACUCCCCCACCCCCUCCUCCCCUCCCCCCAACCCCGCUGCUACCCCCGCCCCCUCCUCUGCCCCCAUUCCCCCUCCCCUGUCUUUCCAACCUCUCCUCUCCCCCUCCCCCACCCACCCCUCUCCGCAUACCCCACUACCACCAGUGCUGGUAUGCUUCCUCCCGCGUUACGCGCCAACAGUACUGGUCUUGUGCCCUGUCACCCAACUUAUUCCAACGUCUGUGCUUCACUCUUUCCCUUUCCCCUCCUCAACCUCCCACCCAUCGUCUCUCGCCCCCAGGGACACGAUUGUAUCUUACCUGCUGUGCAACAACGGGCGUUGAGCGGUGGGUGCUGGCAUGGGUGUUUCCCGUCGCUCACUCCUGCAUUCCUCUCUUUCCCCUCCUCAACCUCCCACCCAUUGUCUCUCGCCCCCAGGGACACAAUAGUAUCGUACCUGCUGUGCAACAACAAGCGGGAUACGAUAGUGUCAUACCUACUGUGCAACAACGAGCGGUGGGUGCUGGCGUCGCUCUGCGUGCUCUGCGGUCUGCUCCAAAACACAGGUGGGCGGAGCAGGGCCGCAGGGGGGAAAAUGAGGCUUGGGGCAACGACAGCAAGGACUCCUUGCCGCCCUUGCGACUCGUACAUGGAGAAGCUGGGCAUGCUACCGUGCAGCUGUGUUUCUCUCAUGAGUCUCAUCAUGCCCCAUCCCGCCAUCCCUCCCACCCUGCCCGACUCACGGUCACUCCAGAGGUGCAGGACUCGUUACUGGAGGAACUGGGCAUGCUGCCGUGCAAAAGCAAUUCUCUCAUAAGACUCAUCACGUCCCAUCCCGCCAUCCCGCCCACCCUGCCCCCCUCACUCUCGGUCACUCCAGCGGUGCACGACUCGUUACUGGAGGAACUGGGCAUGCUGCCGUGUAACCGCCGCCACCGACGACUCCUCGUGGUCAGUCACCCCUUGCAUUGCUCGCUCGCCCUUGCUCGCCCUCUUGCUGUCAGUCACCCCUUGCAUUGCUCGCUCGCCCUUGCUCGCCCUCUUGCUGUCAGUCACCCCUUGCUCACUCGCCCUUGCUUGCCCUCUUCCUGUCAGUCACCCCUUGCUCACUCGCUCUUGCUGGCCCUCUUGCUGUCAAUAGAGGCAUUGGUGGGUAACCAAUCAGAGGAGCAGCUAAAGCGGCUGCUGAGGCGGCAAGACAGUGAUGCAGUGGAGAGGGGGGAGCAGGCGGAGGCAGGGGGUUUGGGGGAUGGGAGGGGCGGAGGGGGAGCAGGGGGAGGCGCGGAGGAGGGCAGGGAGGUUAUUAGUGUGCAGCGUGUGGGUGCGGUGGGGCAGACACCCCGUCAUCGAAACAGCACUCCAGAAAGAGACGACAGGUGGUGGACACGGUGGACAGUGGACAUCGUUUUGACUCGACUCAAAACAACCCCAGGUGGUGGGCACGGUGGACAUCUUGUCGUGGUGGACACGGUGUUUGUGCUGCUGUGCAAGAGACCGCCGCCCUCACCUGAAGCCCUGUGGCACGCUGGCUGGCUGCUGCGCCAGCUGCUGCCGCCCAGCCAUCGAUUGCAGUCAGCACAUAAGAAGCUGCUUACUCACGCGUAUGAGCUGGCGCGUGGUGACCUGGUGGCGGAGCUCCUGGACUGCUGGUGCGACAUGCUGCCUGCUGCCAUGGUGGAGGAGUGGAAGGCAUGCCGGAAAGCAUUGGAAUCAGCCACGCUGGCAAAUGACUCGUCGCUCGUCCUCAUGCCCAGCCUCCCGCCCCUCCUCACUGACGGUGACUCAUCUUCUGCAGCGUUUGGCGAGAGAAUGCGCACUGUGGUCAAGGUGUACGUGGCAUUGCAUCAGAUGAGAGCCACGCUGCUCGGCCUGCCUCUCCCGGACGUCCCUCCUCUCGCCACAGCAGCCCCUCCUGUCCUCGACGCCAGGUUCGGCCGCAAGGGGCUCAAUCUGCCUCAGGCACAAGAAGGCACCGAGGUGCCUCUAGAGCCCGGCGACGCCAUCCCAUGCCGGGUGGCAUUUGAGCGGGGCAAGGAGAAGCACGUGCUGCUGCUGGUGGCCUCCUGUGCGGCCAACGGGUGGGUGCUGCUAGCAGAGCCGCCUGCGGGCAUGACUGCCAAGGCUGCUGUGGCCGAAGGGGCGAUAGGGGUGGUCCGCGUCGUCGCUCCACUCGCAGGCUGCCAGCCAUCACUGGACCCGAAGCACAAGCGCUGGCUGCAUCUGCGCAUCCGCUCACCCCAGGCCCCGGCCUCUGAUGCUGGUACUCUCGCCUCUCGCUCCCCCAUGGGCUCCCGGGCCCGCACCAAGCGCUUGGCGGAUGGGCGGUGGACCUUGGCGUUUUCAGAUGAGGCUGCGUGCCGAUUUGCACACCUAGCAGUGCAGGAGGAAUCGUAUGUGCAAGGGAAUGCUGUGCGAAGCAUGUUGCUUCCCCUGUGCCAAGUUGUGGCCGGAGCGGCCACUGCUCUCGGCUUUUCGGACUCUUCAUCCGUGAAGGGCCUGAAGUCGCUCAAUGGCGCACGAUGCCAGUCACGCGUCGUCGCCAUGGCCACCAAGAAGAAGGUGAACACCUACCUCGAUGACUGGAGAAAGGAGUUCAUCGGGUACGGUCUCUUCGUCGAGGAUUCCGAGUCCGCUCCCGUGAACAUCGUGCAACAGCUGGAGAAGAAGAAGCUUCUCUCGCAGGUCGAGAAGGCCGGUCUUCUCUCCAAGCUCGAGUCAUCGGGUCUCACGCUCUCCAAAAUUGAGGAGCUCGGCCUUCUAUCCAAGGCCGAAUCUCUCGGUCUGCUCAGCCUUGCCGAGAAAUUCGCCACCACUCCCGCCGGUACCUUCGCCUCUGCGGCUCUCCCGCUCCUCGUCGCCGCCAUUGCUGUGCCGGUAUUAGUGCCUGACGACAGCACUGCCCUUGUGAUUGGCCAGCUCACAGUCGCUUCUCUCCUGGCUCUCGCUAGUGUCACAUCUUUCACGUUGUCCCUCAUCCUCGGUCUCCUCCAAGAGUAG